AUGCCUAGAAGAAAAACCCCGAAUAGUUUCAUUAUUUAUAGAAAGGAGAAACAGAAAUGGCUGAGAGAAAAUUACCCCGGUAUUUCACAACGAGCGUUGUCGAAAAAGAUUUCUCAGAUGUGGGCUUACGAGUCCCCACAUAUUCGGGGACGAUACGAAAGCAUGUCUCUUAUGCUUUCGAUAAAUAAUAUCGAUCGUCACAACCCAAUAAAUCGCCAAUAUGUGGGUCCUACCAAUUACGAAAAUGGAACUACCCAUUUUUUCGUCAUAGAAAAUGUAGUUCAACCGAAUCCAUCUGUCGUUAACGAAGUUACAGAUGAUGACGAUUAUGAAAAAUUCCUUGAUAGUAUUAUAAAUUUUGAUCCAUAA